CCGGAGCUGGAGACAUUGCAGUUGUGGAGUAACAAUUUUACAGAGUCCGUCCCUCAGAAUUUGGGGAAGGGCGGAAUGCUUCGGACUGUUGAUCUUGCUUUUAACCAAUUGACUGGUACGAUUCCUCCUGAAAUUUGCCAUGGGAAUCGGCUUGAAAUCUUCAUCGCCAUGGGCAAUUCCUUGUCUGGCUCGAUCCCAGAGUCGUUGGGAAAUUGCAUUUCACUAAGGCGUAUACUUCUAUGGGGCAACGCUCUCAAUGGAUCAAUUCCAAAACGGCUCUUGGGUUUGCCAAAUCUCUCUCAGGUUGAUUUGCACGACAAUUUUCUCUCCGGAGAAUUUCCCAUGACCAGUUCGAUCUCAGUAAAUCUUCUUCAGAUUAGUUUAUCGAACAAUAAGCUCUCUGGAUCGUUGCCACCCUCUGUCGGCAGCUUUUUGGCCGUCCAGAAGCUACUUCUUGACCGGAAUAAGUUUUCCGGCCAGAUUCCUUCCGAGAUUGGGAGAUUACAGCAACUAUCUCGGAUAGAUUUCAGCCAGAAUAAACUCUCUGGUCCAAUUGUGCCGCAGAUAAGUGGAUGCAAUCACUUGAUCUUCCUUGAUCUCAGUGGAAAUGAGCUUUCCGGUGAAAUUCCGAACAAUAUUACCAACAUGAAAUUAUUGACCUAUUUGAAUCUCUCAAGAAACCAUUUAGUUGGGUCCAUUCCUGCUUCAAUGGUUAAUAUGCAGAGCUUAACCUCUGUGGACUUUUCAUAUAACAAUCUCUCUGGUUUGGUUAUGGGAAAUGGGCAAUUUGGUUACUUCAACUACACAUCAUUUCUAGGCAACCCUUAUCUCUGUGGCCCAUAUUUGGGGACUUGCAAAGAUGGUGUUGCCGCUAGCAACCAUAAGAACUCUGCUUCGCUCAAGCUCCUACUAGGUGUUGGAUUGUUUUUGUGCUUUAUUGCAGUGACAGUUGUUGUAAUCUUCAAAGUUCGAUCGUUAAAGAGCGCAGCGAGGGAGUUUCGAGGAUGGAAACUAACAGCCUUCCAACGGUUGGAUUUCUCAGUAAACGAGGUCUUAAACUGCCUUAAGGAGGAAAAUGUUAUUGCAAUAGGAGGUUAUGGUACUGUAUAUAAAGGAGUGAUGCUAAAUGGUGAUCAAGUCACCGUGAAAAGACUUCCUAUUCUUAAGAUGAGCAGUGGGAGUUCUGAUGGUCAUGGGUUCGACGCCGAGAUACAAGCUCUUGGGAGGAUUCGACACCGUCACAUCCUUAGAUUAUUGGGUGUCUGUUCUAACCAUGAAACGAAUCUUUUGGUCUAUGAGUACAUGCCUAACGGGAGCCUCUAUGAAGUUCUCCAUGGCAAUAAAGGAGGUCACUUACUCUGGGAUACAAGGUACAAGAUAGCCAAGGAGACUGCGGAAGGACUUUGCUAUCUUCACCACCACUGCUCGCCGCCAAUUGUUCAUCGAGACGUGAAGUCGAACAACAUUAUGCUAGAUACCAAUUUUGAUGCUCAGCUUGCCAAUUCCGGGCUUGUGAAGUUCUUACAAGUUUCAGGCUCAUCGGAUAGGUUAGCUCUUGAUUCAUCCAUAUGUACUGCACCAGAGCAUGUCCACAAGCAGAACGCGGACGAGAAGUGGGAUGUCUAUAGCUUUGGAGUUGUCCUCUUGGAGCUAGUUAGCGGUAGGAAAGCAAUCGGAGUACUUAACAAUGGAAUCGACAUAGUUCAAUGGGUUAGAAAAAUGAGAGACUCAGAGAAGGAAGGAAUACACAAAAUUGUCGACCAAAGACUCUCCUCCGUCCCUCUCGAAGAAGUGAUGCACGUACUCAAUGUUGCCAUACUGUGCACUGAAGAAGAGGCUGCAAAGCGUCCCACGAUGCUGGAAGUCGUUCGAAUCCUUACGGAGCAUCAGCAGCAAUCAUUCUCAAACCAGGAAAGAGAUACUUAAAUUAUAUCAGUCUUUGAACAGUGAACACCAGAAGUUACUGGUUUCAGAGUGUGCAUUAUCACUUCACUUCACAGCAGCCAUAUGCCAUAUCUUCCCCAUCUGCUUGGCCUCUGAACUCUGAUGUAUAUGGCCAUGAUUUGUAUUAGGAGUCUCAAGUUAUGUACUUGCAUGUUGUUGUGUCUCUCUUUUGGGGUUCAGGUUGGGGGCAGAUGGGCUAUCAUCUGCUGUUACUGCUGAAUGUACUAUGCAAAAUCGCGACAUUCUCCCACGACAUAACCAAAUAAAUACCAUCUCUAUUUCA